AUGUUUUUCUUGUCAUCGGGAACGUCAAAUACGAUCCUAGCAUCUAAAUCAGCUACUGCCAAAUUCAAUAAUCUAUUCUUCGCCGAAUGGAAUAAAGCAUUAAAUGAUUCAGCGCAACAAUUUCUUGUAAUGCUGGAUAGUCAUAUUUCUGGACACUCGGAUAUCGGAAUAAAUUAUGCCGUUCUAGCGUAUGGGAAGUCGAGGCAUCCACCUCUCGACUCUUCUUCUUCUACUUCGACUUCGGAAAUCUCGCCUCCCACUUCAGACCCACUUCUUGCAGACUCCGACUCUACACAAGACCUACGUCUGCCUAUUUCUCGUUCUCUGUUAACACCAUUGUUUGGUGGUAGAAGACAUUUCGCUAGAACUUUCGUGUUUCCGUGCAGGUGCAUGGUUGAGGAAGAGAUACAUUUUUACGAAAAUCCCGACGAGUUUGAUUUGCCAGCCGUAGCGGUUGUUGGAAAAGGAGACGGAUUUGUAUGGAAUGAAGAACUCCUCUUAAAAUAUCAACAAUGUUAUCAGGCACAUUACUCUGCGGUAACUCCAGAACAAGGAGAUACUCGUUACAACACGACACCACAUUUACAUCGUCACCGGGCUUAUAUCCAUGGCGGGCAAGUAAAUACGGAUGAAGUGCCAAUUGUUGUUCCUGUUGCAAUUGUUGCUGCUGCUGUUGCUGCUGUGGUUGUGGUUGCUGCUGUGGUUGUGGUUGCUGCUGCAAUUGUGGUUGCUGCUGCAGUUGUGGUUGUGGUUGCAAUUUUUGUUCUUGUUCCUUUUGUUGUUCUUGUUCUUGUUGCAGCUGUUGCUCUUGCUGCGGCAGUUGUGGUUGCAGUUCCUUUUGUUGCUCCUGUUCUUUUUGUUGUUCAUGUUGUCGCUGCUGCUGUUGUUGCUCCUGUUGCUGCUGUUGCAGUUGCUGCUCCUGUUGCUGUUGUUGCUGCUGUUGCUCUUGUUGUUGCUGUUGCUGUUGUUGCUCCUGUGGUUGCUGUUGUGCUUGUUGUUGCUGCUGCUGUUGUAAUUGUUGUGAUUGUUGCGAUUGUUGUGACGAUGGCAGCUGUUGUGGUGGUGGUGGUGGCGGCGGGGGAGGCGGUGAUUGCUGCAGUUGCGGUUGUUGCUGUAACUGUUGCUGUGAUGAUGGUAGUGGUUGCUGCACUUGUGGCUGUGGUUGUAGGUACGUUUGCGGUUGUAGGUACGGUUGCGGUUGCGGCUGUAGAUGCGGUUGUGGCUGUAGAUGCGGUUGUGGCUGCAGAUGAGGUUGCGGUUGUAGAUGUGGUUGCGGUUGUAGAUGUGGUUGCGGUUGUAGAUGAGAUUGCGGUUGCAGAUGUGGUUGCAGCUGUAGAUGAGGUUGCGGUUGUAGAUGUGGUUGCGGUUGUAAAUGAGGUUGCGGUUGUAAAUGAGGUUGCGGUUGUAGAUGAGGUUGCGGUUGUAGAUGAGGUUGCGGUUGAAGAUGAGAUUGCGGCUGUAGGUGCGGUUGUAGCUGCAUUAGUUGCAAUUGUUGUUGUGAGUGUGGGUGUAGUUGUUGCUGUUGCGGUUCCUCUCUACGAGCUCUUUUCCGCCUCUUAUCCUCAUUAUCCCGUUCUUCGUUCAAAACGAGUUCGAGACUUUUAA